UUGGCAUGCUGAUUGCAGUAUUUUCGGUGGCAUUUCUCGUCGGAUCUUUAAUGGUAUCAUGGGCAUUAUCAUAUUUUACUUCAAUUCUCUACGACAAUUUUAUGAACAUCGCGAAAUAUUACUCUUUUUCGCUUACAACUGAAUACAGGUUUAAAAUCAUUGGCUUUAUAAAGAGACUUGGAGGAAGACCAUUCGGAUUAUCAAUGUGGGGAUUUUUCUAUAUCAAGAGAAAUUUCUUGAUAAAAGCAAGUUUUAAUAAUUGCAAAAUAGCAGUUUCUGGUCUUAAUUGUAGUGCCGUUAUCAACACAAUGUAAUCGUAUCCGA